UUUAAAUCUCAACAAUACCAAAGUAAUGGUAGCUCUUUCUCUCUGUUUGCUUACAGGGAAAAAGAAGUUACCAUUCUGUUCAAUCUCUCGCUUAAUUCAAGCAACUUCCAAGUUUCAUCCUCUCCUUUCUCUCUGUGUGUGUGCUUUUUUGAAUCCAAAUCUCUUUUAUCUUUACAUCGAAUUCAUUUCCAACUCGUUUUCUGGUCUUUUCCCCUUAGCAUCGGAUCUGGGUUCUUCUUGCUUUCUUUUCCAAGAUUUCAGGACUGGGAAUUUAGAUUCCGGAGUGUGUUCCAUGGAUGAAAUGGCUUCUAGGUUUACAGAUUUAGAACUCGGCCUUGAAAAUGAAGUCACAACUGUCGGACAACUGUUGCUUGCUAAGGUCGUGGAAGGCGGUUCUACCGAGGGGUCGGAUAAUAGAGCGUCUUUGUCCGGCGGCGCUUCAAAUUCCGGUAGGGUUAAUGCAGAGAAUUCGCAGUCCAUGAAGAGCAUGGAUGUGAAGGGACAAGAUAGUAAAGAUGUUAAGCAGAAUAUGUUAGUGAAGGAGAAGCUUAAAAGCUUGGGUCAUAAGAAACCUUCUAAACCUCCUAGGCCACCAAGAGCCCCAUCGUUGGAUGCAGCUGACCUUAAACUAAUUAGGGAGAUUGCAGAACUCGCAAAGCUGAAGCGUGCGAGGAUCGAACGGAUGAAAGCCUUGAAGAAAUCGAACGCUGCUAGUGCCGCCAAGCCAACAUCUUCUAGCAGCAGCAACAUGUUUGCCAUGGUGUUUACUGUCAUUUUUUGUCUUGUCAUACUGUUUCAAGGAAUGUCGCCCGGAGGCACACCGACAAGUUACCAAGGAUCUCCGUUGCCAGCUGCGGCAGUAGAGGGGAGUCCAAAUUCACUCCAGCUCUCGGGGAAUUUAUCCGCAAGCUUUCGAGAUCAAGCUCAUUCCGCAUCUCCCUAUCGAGCAGGUUGCGGGUUUAGAAGCGAAGGAAUUGCCACAGUAGGAGAAGAAGGACGAGGAAUCGAAGAAGAAUUGGGGAUGGGGAGGCAAAGGUUAGGGAUUGAAAGAAGGAAUUGGGGAUUGAAUCAGCCCGCACGUGAGAGGCAUGGAGAAAAUUAACCUUCAACUGACCCAGACGCUAUGCGAGUCAGCCCAGACUUGGAAGACCAUUACCUACUUAAGAGAAACAGAAUCGGUUAGCAAGGACAACAACCUGGCCAUCUUAGAUUCUCAGUACUAUUGUAAACAAAUAAAACCAGUACCUUGUAUAGAAUCAGCUAUGCCUAUUUUGAAUGAAAUUAUUCUCUUCUUCAA